AUGGCCUCAACAUCAAAAGUUAUGCUCACGACUCCAGGGCUUACCUCGGCGCAGCAGCCUUCGACUCACGUCGACGCGAGCCUCCUCCAGCAGUCUACCGCUGAGCUCGAGAAGCUGGUCAAGCCCAUCGUGCUACCCUCCAGCUCUCCCAAGUCCAAAUUCCAGAACUGGGGUCGAUCCUUUGUCAGCAUCCCUGCUAGAGUCUUCGCUCCCACUACAGUGACCCACUGCGCUGCCGUCGUCGAGCUGGCUCGUCGUCGAGGCACCCAGCUUCGUGCCAUUGGUCGCGCUCACAGUCCCAGCGAUCUUCCCUUCACUACAGGAUGGGCAAUGCGAAUGGAGGGUCUCAACGGGAUCGUCGACAUCAACCACUCCGAGUACACCGUUACAGCUCUUGCAGGCACCUACAUCUCCGACAUUCACGAAGCGCUCGACUCAGCACAGCCUCGUCUUGCCGUGUGCAAUGUCGGCUCGAUCUCGGAACAGACAAUUGCAGGACUCAUCUCGACAGCUACUCACGGAACAGGCAUUCUCUUUCCUGUGGUAUCGACCUACGUCUCGCAGCUUACGAUCCUCAGCCCACUCCCGGAGGGUACGCAACACCUCACAUGUAGUAGAGAGCAGCAUGCAGAUCUGUUCAACGCAACACUGUGCGGGCUUGGAUCGACCGGUCUCAUCACUUCAGUGACGCUGAGGGUCCAGAAUGCCUUCAACCUCAAGCAGUACUCGGAGGAGCUCACUUUCGAUUCGCUCUUCGGUAGCAAGACUGGCUUCCCGGCUGUGCCAAAGGACGCCCACAACAACGCAGGAGCAGCUAUUGGAUGCCUGUUGAGCAAGAACAAGCGUCUUCCUCUCUGCUCGGAGCAUUACCGUCCUUCGUAUCGUGCCGCGGAUGCCUCCGAGAUCCACCCUAUCGCUGCAACAGCAAAUCGUGAUGCUGACCGCAUGUCUCGGAUGGACCCAGAGGAUGACGAGGAGACAAGGCAGGCCCAGUUGGUGUUGGAACAGGUGGCAGCGUCAACACAGCACGUCAGACUGUUGUGGUUCCCGCAGGUCAAGAGGAUCACAAUGCUACGUGCCAACCGCACCACGGAAGAAGCAUCUCCAGCUCCAGGCCUUUCAGCUCGCAUCAAGGCUUCUCUUGUUGGACACCGCUUGACCGAGUUCUUGCUCUACACAUCUCGCUUCAACAAGCAAUGGAGCCCGACAGUCGUUCGAUGGAUCCAUUCUCUCACGCAUCCUGCAUUCCCUGAGCCAAGUUCGACGCGACCGGCAUCGUCGCAGCGAAACAAGAUCGCAGCUACAACCGAGGCUCAGGCCGUCGAGCCCAGCGAGGACAUUGUAUCCGACAACUCCACCAACGAGCGGCGUUUGAUCCAAGACAUCCGCCAGUCCUUCGCUCACAGCGGCGGCGUUGGUGCCUCCACCGAAGGCGAACCUUGCCUCGCCUUCUUGCAGAAAAGUAUCCCAGCUGGCAACUUCAACGCCUUGCCUCGUGACUCUCCCGCACCCCGAACCCUCUCCCCUUCCAACCCGGUCUGGGCAGAAGUUGGCCGCUCCGAUCGCAUCUUCAACGUGGACUGCCUCUUCCCUCAGUACACUGAUGAAUGGGCCAUUCCCUUCAACCGUGCAGCCGCCGCCAUGCGAGCUAUGCGAGACUGGCUGGAUGAAGAAGAAGCCAAUUCGGACGGUGACCGUAUCCACUUCCCUGUCGAAAUCCGCUUCACCGAUGCAGACGGUAUCUGGCUCAGUCAUUCUCAGGGUCGCAAGACGUGCUACAUUGGCAUUGUGCAGUACAGACCUUACAACAAGCCUGUUCGAUACCGUCAGCUGUUUGCCAAGUUCGAGGAUCUGAUGAGGCAUUAUUCGGGCAGACCGCACUGGGCUAAGGCACACUCUUGCUCGCCGACGGAACUAUCGAAGCUUUACCCACACUGGAACGACUUCUUGGCUACAAGGCAAAGGUAUGAUCCUGAGGAGGUGUUCGUGAACCCUUAUAUUGGACGUCAUUUGCUGGGUAGGAUUGGUGAUGGGAACGAUACAAGGGUGUUCAAGAGUCGAUUGUGA